AUGAAUGCAGAGAAUCUUUGUAGAACUCUCAGAACUGCCCCACCAACGACCAACUGUCACACAGGUUCUCAGGGGCCUUUCCUCAUCAUCGGCCACCUGGCUGGUAGGCAGCCCACCUUAGUCUACAGUAGCCCAAACUGUGGUUAUCUAGAGUGGGAAGAAGGGUAUUCCCACCUUCUCUGGCUCAGCUCCUACAUUCUCACCCAGGUUGCUGACUAGAGACCCAAAUCCCCUUUGCCACCACCAUUGCUUCCCAUUCUGCUCUGGGUUUCAAUGGAGCUGUUCGUGGCGGCCGUCCUGCUGGUGGGCCUGGUGGGGAUGGUGUCCGGCCAAGGGAGAAACAGUAAAGAUGAUAAUUGCGUCUACCGGACUCUCAGUCCAGAGGAUGCUGCGUUCUGCAAGGGCAACCUCAGUGUGAUCUACAGGGAGUUAGGGGACAUUGACUGCAUGUACGUCCCCGCGUGCAACAAUUACAGGUGGAAGAUUGGCAUUUGGGACAAACCUCUCAUCAGAUACUACCAGGCUAACAAGAAAAAGAAGUACUUAUUGAUGAUGGUUGAUCCAGAUGCCCCCAGCAAGAAUCAUCCAAAAUAUCGCUACUGGAGACAUUGGCUGAUAGCUAAUAUCAGUGGCACUGACCUCAAGACUGGGAAGAUAAAUGGCAAUGAACUGACCAGCUACCAUGGUCCUACCCCCCCACCAGAGACUGGCUUCCAUCGAUAUCAGUUCAUCCUGUUUGAGGAGUCAGAUAAAGGAAAACCUGUCACCCUGACCUCCAAGGAAAACGCUAGAAGAGAUUCCUGGUCCAUCGGUUCCUUCAUAAAACAUUUCCACCUGGGCCCUGUGGCAGCCAGCCAGUUCAUGACCCAGAACUAUAAUGAUUUUUAGCCAGGCCUAAAAGCACUGGGAAAAGUGGCCAAAUGACUGGAUUUGGGCUGCUCUUCUUGGAAGUCUACACCAAAGUUCUCUGCUCUUUGUUCAAUCACCCUUUCCUCCCACAAGGUCAUCUCAAACUUGGAGAAAAUCUUCAAGGUGUGGCCAUUAGAUUUGGAACCCCUUUCGCACCCCGCAAAAAAAAAAUAAAAUAAAAAUAACAUCUUCUAUUGCCAUCUGG